AUGAAAUGUCAUUGUAAAUAUUGUUUACCGCGUUUUUUCUGUCAAACAGUAAAUGAAAAUGAUUUUUGUUAUUAUCGUCAUUCAAUGAAUAUUAAUGUUACUAAUGAUUUCGGAUGUAUUGAAAGAGACACUGCUCAUUUUGUCUGCAACACAACUGAUGCUAACUAUCGAACAGAAUGUUGUUCAUCAUUCUUUUGUAAUAGCAAUUAUCAAACAUUAAAUGGAUCGAUUGCAUCCUCAACAUCUACAGUUCAAUCAAUAUCUGCCGACUCGAAUAAUACAAAUACAUUCAGUACGAUCAUCACGAUAGGUACUAUUUUCGCUCUUAUCGUUUUGCUUAUUGUGAUUUAUUAUUCGUACAAACGAAAAUUUCAAAUAUUUUGGUCAACAUCGUUUAAAUCAACAAGUUUUGUCGAUGAUAAACGUAGCUUUGAAUCUCAUGGUAGAAAGAAAAAAUCUUCAAAUUCAUUUUCCAUUGAUUACCAUUCCGAUACAAUAUCAUGGAAAUCAAAUUUAUCCGAUCCUCACGAUCAAAUUGUUACACUUGAAACUCGUCGUAUGAAUAAAGAAAUAACAUUUCUUGGUCAAUUAGGUCAAGGACGACAUGCGCGUGUUCGUCUCGGCCGUAUCGGGCAACAAUAUCGGGCAAUAAAAAUGUACGAACCAAGAUUUCAAAAUGAAUUCGAACGUGAACGAGCGAUUUUCGAAACUGAUUUUAUUCAACAUCCAAAUGUACUUGCGUUUUUUGGUGCUGAUUUUUUCGCUAAAAGUGUUGAAACUUAUCAUAUGUUAAUCUUUGAAUGGCAUCCAUAUGGUACACUCUACGAUGUUUUGAAAGAAAAUCGAAAUGAAUCAUUUAUAACGAUUGAACAAUUAUUACAAUAUUCAAUAUCACUAAGCGAUGGUCUUGCACAUUUACAUUCGAUUAAAUAUGGAACAAAUGAUAUGUGCAAACCAAAAAUGGCACAUUGUGAUAUAAAAAGUUCGAACAUAUUAGUUAAACUCAAUGGUGAUUGUUGUUUAUCGGACUUUAGUUUAGCUGUCCGGUGUGAUCCUCAGACGCAAACUAUUCUCGGCGGUGGCAUUGAACGUAUUUAUCAUCGUGUGGGAACAAAACUCUAUAUGCCACCUGAAUUGCUUGAUAAAAAUACUAAGUUUAAUUUUGAUCGCAUCAAUGCCUAUCAGCAAGGUGACAUGUAUUCAUUAGCACUUGUUCUUUGGGAGAUUGGAAAUUGUUGUUGUUCAAUGGUACAUAUAAGACCUUAUGAAAAUCAAUUACCACUUAAUUUUAAUGUCGAAAAUCUUAUUCAACUCGUUUGUAUCGAACAAAAACGUCCAAUAUGUUGCUUAAACACUUCCGAUCAAGUUCUUCUAUCAUUUUUCAAUUUACUUGAUUACUAUUGGUGUCAAGAUUCAUGUACACGUCAAUCAGCAGCUAAUCUACAAGAUCAACUUCGGCAACUACGUCCAAUGAAUAUAUCUUUCUAG